AUGAGCGCAGCAAGCGGCAUCAGUCUCAGCACAGAGAGCUCCCGCAGAUGGACUGCGCUUCUGCAGGCGGGCGAGAGCGGACCUCGAGCAGUGCAGGUCAAGAUUAUCUCUGAGGUGCUUGAAUUGACGCACGAACUCGCUGCGCAAUCCGAUGCACUCGAUGACUUUGACCUCUUGCCUGCAUGGCUAGGCCAAUCGAACGAGCCCGCCUAUAUCCUCCAUCGAUUAGAUUCGGGCAGCUUCGUCUACAUCUCCUUUGUACCUGAUGACGCUCCUGUUCGAUCCAAAAUGUUAUACGCUUCCUCCCGAGCGACGUUGCAGCGCCAACUGGGCGAUCAGCACUUCACAGACUCGCUUUUUGCUACAAGGCUCGACGAGCUCACGAGUAGUGCUUAUCGAGCUCAUCUACAAAGUCAAUCUGCCGAUGCACCUCUGACCGAACGCGAGCGAGAGUCUGCGGACAUCAAGAAGAUGGAGGGUAGGGAACUGACAGGGACGAGUGCAAGAGGGAGCGCAGGCAAGAAGAUGCUCAGCUGGUCUGACGAGGCAAUGCGGGCUCUUGAGCAAUUUGCGAGCUCGGACGCGCCUACGCUUCAUCUCGUGAUCGAACUGAAGACGGAAGUGGUGCAAACCGCUCCUCGAGAAGGACUGUCAGCGCUGCAAGACACGCCCUCUUACAUCCUGCACCGCCUGAGUAGAGCAAACGAAUCGGCCAUCGUCGUGUUCAUCUAUGUCUGCCCUACUGACUCGCCCGUUCGCUCGAGGAUGAUCUACUCGUCCACUGUCGUAGGCGCAGUGACGACGGCGAAUGACGCAGGAUGCAAUAUCGCCAAGAGGCUCGAGACUUCGGACCCCAGCGAGGUCACAGAAGCUUGGAUCACUCAGGAGAUGGGCUUUGGAACAGACGAGGCAAGCCAGUCUGCUCCUCCGCCGGCGUCGAAGACGAUCAGCAGACAAAUCGACAAGAUGUCCAGCAGCGAUCUGUGUCCGGUCUAUGCGCCCUUCUUUGGCUCGAUGGGCUGUACUGCCGCCAUUGUCUUCACCUGUACCUAUGGUACAUCCAAGUCAGGCGUCGGCAUCUCUGCCAUGGGCGUCCUACGACCUGAUCUCAUGAUGAAGUGCAUCGUACCUGUCGUCAUGGCCGGUAUCAUUGCUGUGGAUGGACUCGUCGUCAGCGUGCUCAUUUCCGGCCAAAUCGAAUCGCCUAUGGCGCUCUACACGGGCUUCAUCCAGCUCGGAGCAGGCCUAUCGGUCGGAUUAGCCGGUCUGAGUGCCGGCUUUGCGAUCGGCAUCGUCGGAGAUGCAGGCGUGCGAGGCACUGCUCAACAGCCAAGGCUAUUCGUCGGCAUGAUCCUCAUUCUCAUUUUCGCUGAAGUUUUGGGUCUCUACGGCCUCAUUGUCGCGCUCAUCCUCAACACACGCGCGCAAGAGCAUCCUCCUGUGAGUGGCAACAUCGAGUCCAUCUUACUUCAAAAUCCUGACCGCGUUUCCGCGUGCAGUGCUAAACACGAAUGCCGAGGCAUAGAACGCGCGAAAGGCACAGAUGAGCCAUGUUCCAGCACGUUGCCCCCAAGGGACGAGACAUAG